ACAUGACAAUAUGCAUGAGCAGAGAAUAAAGACGCAUCCAAGCCUUAGUUGGCUUAAGUUUUAUCAUUGGUUCUUCAUAUUUUCUUUGUUGACACAAAACCCUCAUUCUUCACCUUCCGGUAAAAAAAAAUUUGCUUUCAAGUUUGAACAAACGUUAAUGGUAAUAGAUAUAUUUUACUUUUCCCUUGUCAUCAACUUGAAAAAUCCAAUCAACUCUUGCCACGAAACCAAUAAUUUUUUUUUAUAUUUUUCAUUACCAAUAAAAGAACCUCACUGUUUGUUUGGGUAUAAAUAGGGACAGGCCAGUAACUAACCCGAGGAAUAGAUAGAUAAAUAUUUAUAUUUGGUAACAUUCUCGCCGGAAAACAAACGAAGAUAAGAUUUUCCGGCGAGCUCGCUGAGAUGAAGGUUCAUCGGCAGAAAAGCGAUAAGCGGAAGAGAACGAAGUCGAGAUUGGUGAAGUUUGAAGAAUUACCGGAAUAUUUGAAAGAUAAUGAGUUCAUUUUGGAUCAUUACCGGUCGGAAUGGCCGGUGAAGGAUUCUUUGUUGAGCGUUUUCGCGUGGCAUAACGAGACGCUGAAUGUUUGGACUCAUUUAGGAGGGUUUUUCAUAUUUGCCGCGAUGGCGGUGGUGAGUUUUCCGGCGGCGACCGAACUCGUAGGAGGAGGAGGUUUUCUCUCUAAAAUUUACAGAGUAGGAGCCAUGGGAAAGCAGAUCAACGGUUCUGAAUCUCAAAACAAAGGCUUUCAGGAUUGGCAUUUGAGACAGAUAUUGGAAGUAACCAUCUUUGAUGGAGUGACAGAAACAAUUCCAAGAUGGCCAUGGUUCAUUUUCUUAGUUGGAGGAAUGUGUUGCUUAGCUUGCAGCUCUAUUUCCCAUCUUCUAGCUUGCCACUCCAAACGCUUCAACCUCUUUUUCUGGCGUCUAGAUUACGCCGGAAUAUCAAUCAUGAUAGUAUCCUCUUUCUAUGCUCCAAUUUACUACGUCUUUUUCUGCAAUCCAUAUGCAAGGUUACUCUAUUUGACAUCAAUAUCAGUCCUUGGAGUAGUGGCAAUAAUAACCCUUCUUUCCCCAACACUUUCAGCGCCUCGGUUUCGAACCUUCAGAGCAUCAUUGUUCCUUUCAAUGGGAUUUUCAGGUGUUAUUCCAGCAGUUCAUGCUCUUGUAAGCAACUGGGGUCAGUCGCAUAUUGUAGUUGCAAUUGGAUAUGAGCUGAUAACGGGGAUUCUAUAUGCCAUAGGUGUUGUGUUUUAUGUGACUAGAAUACCAGAGAGAUGGAAGCCUGGAGCAUUUGAUAUUGCAGGACAUAGUCAUCAGAUAUUUCAUGUUUUUGUUGUUCUUGGGGCACUUGCACAUAGCACUGCCACACUUGUCAUAAUGGAUUUUCGAAGGGGAUCACCCACUUGUGCAUUUUAGUUCGUCAACUUUGUAUUCUUCUUUCUAUGGAUGCUAGAUGCAGCUUUUAAACUGCGCAGAUAGAACUAGUAACAAAUAUGACUUGUUUUUUCAUAUUCAAGUAGUGUAGUGACGGGAAUUAAAUAAAUUUGAUUAUUUUAUUCA